AUGAUUCAAUUAAAAACAUUUGGCGAAAUUCGUAUUGAAAAUAUGAUAGAUUCGAUGCACAAAAUAUCAAUUGAACAGCAUAAUUCGAAGGUCAAAUCAAAUAGAGAAAUAUUGAAAAUUUUAAUCACUUCCAUAUGUUUCCUUGGAAUUCAGGAGCUCGCAUUCCGUGGUGAUGAUGAAUCACCUAAUUCAGUAAAUAGAGGAAAUUAUAUUGAAUUAAUUUAUUUGCUGGUGGAAGAAAAUUUACUAUUGAAACAUCAUUUAGAAAAUAGUACAGUUUUUAUUGGACUAUCAAGCGAUAUUCAAAAUGAUUUAAUAAAUUCCAUUUCAUAUGUCUUACACCAAAAAAUAUUAGAUGAAUUGGAAGAAACGGAAUUUAUAACAAUGAUAUUAGAUGAAACAAUUGAUAUAAAUAAUAAAUCCUAA